ACGCCGCUCUGCGUCGCUGCCGUCCCGCUCGUCGCAAGGGAACCAUGGUCGCAUUGGAGAUCCCGUCGGACUACAAAUACGUGCUCGUCAUCUUCGCGUGCACCUUCUUCAUGAACGCAUUCCUCGUCGUGCGCGUCGCCAAGGCGCGCAAGCUCUACGACGUGCAGUACCCGAACCUCUACGCGCCCGCGGGCCACAAGUAUGCCAUGGAGUUCAACUCCGUGCAGCGCGCGCACCAGAAUACGCUCGAAUCCAUGUCCACGGUGAUCACGCAGAUGCUGGUCGUCGGGCUCUUCUACCCGGUCUUCGCCGCGGCGUGCGGCGGCCUGUGGACGCUCGGCCGGAUCGUCUACGGCAUCGGCUACGCGUUCGGCCCGGACAAGCGCGUCUACGGCGGCCUCAUCAGCCACCUCGGCGACCUGCCGCUGCAGAUCGCGCUCAUCCGCGUCGCCUACGACGCCUACACGACGUGGCAGUGAGCCCCCCCCCCGGCGGCGCGCGCUCGUAACUCAGACGCCGUGUCUCGUCGAUCCGCCACGCCCCC